AUGUCAUCUUUUCUCGCUGUACCACUGAAACAUACGAACGAGGUGGACUUGGUAAAACCUCUAAUGAAUUAUGUCGAGAAUAUUUAUUUGGCAUCAAGUGAAUUAAGCUCAGAAAUCAGAGAAGCGAUACAAGAACUGAACAAGAUGCGAAACAAAGCUUGCAACCAACCUUUGGAUAAACAUCAAAAUGCUCUGGAUGUCCUGACUAGAUAUUACGAUCAGUUGGUGGCCAUCGAAAACAAAAUACCAAUCACUGCCACUCAAAAUCCUAUCAGCUUUAAGUGGAAGGAUGCCUUUGAUAAAGGUUCACUCUUUUUCGGCCGGGCUUCACUGACCUUAAGUGAUGGCGCAUUUGAAAGAGUUGCUGUUUUAUUCAAUUGUGGCGCUCUGAUGUCUUCAAUUGCUGCUUCUCAAUCAAUGCGUACCGACGAAGAACUCAAAAUAGCAGCAAAAUUUUUUCAACAAUCAGCUGGUGUCUUUGCACAUCUGAAGGAUACGAUCCUAGGGAUUGUACAACAAGAACCAACUCCGGAUCUUAUGCCUGACACAUUGUCAGUACUUUCAGCAGUUAUGCUAGCUCAAGCGCAGGAAGCUAUCUAUAUUAAAGCUGAAAAAGAUAAAAUGAAACCACUUGCAUUGAUGAAAUUAGCAGCACAGUGCGCGGAAUAUUAUCAGGAAGCCCAAAAGCAACUGCAAAGAGAUGCCGUGAGAGGUUUAUUUGACAAGGACUGGACAAAUACCGUAAAAGGCAAAGCUUUGGGACUUUCAGCGCUCGCUCAAUAUCAUAAAGCAGUGGACAAUGCAGAUUCGAAGAACAUAGGUGAACAACUAAGUCGAUUAAUCGAAUCACAAUCUCUCAUGCAGCAGGCAAUUAGUUACAUGCCUCACGAAACAUUUAAUAUUCAGUAUGCUGCUAUUGAAAAAGCAUAUACAUCAGCUAAAAAGGAUAAUGACUUCAUUUAUCACGAAAGAAUCGCAGAUUUCCGAAGUUUGCCACAUUUACCUAAAGCUGCGGUUGCUAAAAUUGUGCCGAUUACUUUCCCAAUAACACCGAGAUUUAAAGAUAUGUUCUCAAGCCUUGUACCUGUUCAAGUACAUCAAGCUACGGCUUCGUUUGAUGCUCGAAAAUCGGAAGUUAUCAAUGUAGAAACUGGACGUUUACGUGAACAUACUCAAAUAAUGAAUGGAAUAUUAGCAUCUCUAAAUUUGCCUGCUGCCUUGGAUGACGUGACAAAUCAAGAAAUAUUACCAGAAUCUAUCCGACAAAAAUCUUCUAAAGUUAAGUCUCAAGGUGGAAUUGAUGCCCUAACAAGUCUUAUUGCUGAUCUACCAAAUAUUCACAAAAGAAAUGAGGAAAUCUUGGAUGAAACUUUGAGACUAUUAAAUGAAGAAAAGGGAAAUGAUGAUCGUUUGCGUUCACAAUUCAAAGAUAAGUGGACACGUAUGACUUCUGACCAACUUACGGCUCCACUUCACCAAGAAUGUGGUAAAUAUCGCGGCAUUCUUCAUGCAGCUUCAAAUGCGGACGAAACGGUCAAGCAGAAACUGGAAGAAAAUGGAGAAGGAAUCAAGUUGCUCACAGCAAUACCGGGUCUCGAUUCUUCAAGUGCUAACAGGAAUUCAGAAGCUGUGAUAAAACUCAGAAAUUUAAUGGAUGUUAUACAAGAAAUCAAGAUUGAACGAGAGAAGUUAGAAAAAGAAUUCACGAAUGUUCAUUGUGAUAUGAGCUCUAUUUUUCUGAAAGCACUAGCUGACAACCAAGUUAUCAAUGAAGAAGAAAUUUCUACUACCAAAAUUAGAGAAAUAUAUGGCCCGUUAAAGGCUAAAGUAAACGAAACUAUUAAGAAACAGGAGGAAUGUUUGGCGCAAGUGGAGAUAUGGAAUAAAAAAUUCUGUUCAGAAAAGGCAUCCAGCCAAGGUGCUGUUGAGCGUGAACGGAUUUUGAAAAUAUUGGCCAAUGGACAUGAUAAAUUUGUGGAGAUUAAGUCGAAUUUGGAUGAAGGAACAAAGUUUUAUAAUGAUUUGACUCCUCUACUAUUGCGAUUACAACAAAAAGUGUCUGAUUUCUGUUUCGCGCGGCAAACCGAAAAAGAAGAUCUGAUGAAGCAGUUACAACAAAAUAUUGUUUCUGGUUCUUCAAAUGGUAGUGCACCUCCUCGACCUCCACCACCAAAAGCUCCAUCAACUGCAUUAUCAAAUAAUCCAUUCGAUGUAGAAGCGCCAAUUCCACCUCCACGUAAUGUUAAUAGCCUUCAAGCAACACAAACACCACCUAUAUCAUCUCAGAAUGCGAACUAUCAACCGCAGUUAUGCAAUCCUCAGCAACAGCAACCGUUUACACCUUAUGGUCAGGCACCAUGUGGAUAUCCGUCUCAGCAAGCGCCUUAUCUUUUGCAGCCCCAAUUUAAUCAAAAUUACACAACACCAUAUCCAGUUGCAUAUCCUGGGACAUAUCCUGGGGCCUUCAAUCCUCCUGUGCAUGCAUAUGGUCAGUUUUCUCCAUCAACAAUGUCUCCACAGUGGGGUAAUCUGCCAUCAUCAACUCCACAGUGA